GCCGUCUGUCCUUCCCUUCCUCCCCCGUGCCUGCUGUUUUCCGGCGUCAAGCGUCCCUAGCCGGGGCGGCCGGCAGCCGGGGCCCUCCUGUUUAGAAAAGCAGGAGGAUGAACAGGGAGGUGAGCGUCGAGCUUGAAACCGCUUUUAGCAUAUACCGCUGCCACGCGUGGCCUUUCUCGUAGGCUGCAGUGUCUGCAAGGCAGCUGUGCAGCCUGCAAUGAAAAAGCCCCACCGACGUUCGUCCCUGGGCUGGGAAGAGGGUUCUGCUUAGGCUCUGCUUUCGUGGAUAAUGCAGAAGGCACGGCCAUGGAAAAGAAACCACACUUUGUGAGGAGGGAAUUCCCUCCCAGGGAGGUGUCCUCCAUCUCGUUGGCAUUACUGCUUGCUGCUGUCCUGCUCCUUAAUACCCUUCUCUACCUGUACCUCAACAAGUUUUACGUCUCUUCGGGACGUGCUGAAAUGGACUCCAGUCUCUGCUCUUUCGGGUACUUCAAAUUGGGAGCUGUGAAGAAUUGUUCCCCAUGGCUCUCCUGCGAAGCCAUAAAUAGGGAAGUCAGGAAACUCAAGUGUGUUGGUGAAGGCGCUGUGAAAAAGCUCACCAACUCAGAGAUGAAGGAGGACUUUCUCCAUGGUCUGAAGAUGCUGAAAGCACUUCAAAGCAAGCAUGUCGUCCGCCUGCUUGGCUACUGUGAGCAGCAGUUCACAAUCCUCACCGAGUACCAUCCUCUGGGCUCCCUGAGGGGCCUGAAUGAAACUCUCCAUAUCCCCAAGUACAAAGGCAUGAACACCUGGCAUCGCAGGUUGAUGCUUGCUAUAGACUAUGUCAGCGUCAUUCGGUACCUGCACAGCAGCCCUCUGGGCACCUUAGUCAUGUGUGACUCGAAUGACCUGGACAAGGUCCUCUCUCAGUAUCUCCUAACAAGUGACUUUCAUGUCCUGGUGAAUGAUUUGGACGCUUUGCCUCUUGUGAACAGGAGUGCCGGCAGGCUGGUGAAGUGCGGUCAUCGGGAGCUCCGGGGGGAGUUUGUAGCUCCUGAGCAGCGUUGGCCCUAUGGAGAAGAGGUGCCGUUUGAGGACGACCUCAUGCCCCCCUAUGAUGAGAAGACAGACAUCUGGAAAAUCCCAGAUGUCUCCAAUUUUUUCUUGGGCCACGUUGAAGGAAGUGACAUUGUGCGACUGCACUUGUUUGACAUCCAUGCAGCAUGUAAGAAGAAAGACCCGGCUGAAAGGCCUUCUGCCCAAGAGGUCUUGGACACCUACAGGAAAGUUUUAACUCUGCUUAUUCGGGAGGCGGCCAUGCCUGGUACUAGGGAAAUGUUAUAGGGAAUCAUGAGACAAACAACACAUUGAAGUUGAUGUCCUUUCUAUUUAUUUAGCUUGCCUGAAGGGCAAAAUCUCUGUCCCCAAAACUGAGAAGAAAAGAACAACUGAGCUUGUACUUUUUGAUUAAAAAAUAAAAUAAAAAUCCACCCGAUGCUGGA